AUGCCGAAUAAUUAUGAUAUUUAUGACAUGUUUGACCCAUCUAAGCACACAAUCUUUGUGGCACAAUCACACAUCACAGUAGAUACGGUUGAUAAUAUUGUUAACAAUGAUUCUACACUAAAUUCUCUGACACUCACCCAGUUAGAACGGGCUCACGCAAUGAAAGCUGUUACAAUGCUAUUACUGUGCAAAUCUCCCUUCCCUAUCAAACAUGAAGAUAUUCGAACUAUUGUGAUGAGAAAUUUGGGAACAAAUUACACAUCCAAUGCGCUGAAACAAGUACUAAAUGAUGUAAACGAUAUUGUCCGGAACACCUUGGGAUUAAGACUCACCGAAUUGAAGUAUUCAAACAAGAAAGAGUACGUAUUAUCGCAAAAUUUUUGUUACCAGCCGCAUAAUAUUCAAAUAUUAUCGCCAGGCUCCCAUGAAAUAAGAGGGUUUGUGUUAUUUUUAAUUCCUUGUUUCAGAGCACAUUCCGACUGUAUUUUUAUAGAUAACUUAAUAUCAAUUUUUCAGAAAAUUGGGAAAUCGCAUUUGGUGCCAAAUAACGUCGAAUGCACAAAAGAAAUGCUUUGCCUUUUGAAGACCCAAAGAAGAAGCUCUAAUGCCAAGCAUAGGAUUGAAGAUUACAAAAGUUUAACGGACUACUUGAUUUACGCUAGGGAUCUAUUGUAUAUAGCAAUAACAAUCAAAAAUGAUGCAUUUGAUUCCUUCAUCUCCCCUGGUUCCAGAAUCGCAGCGGAACACAAUCCGGGCGACUAUGUUGAAAUGCUGAAGAAGAUAACUCCCGGGGAAUUUGACAAAAGCCUCGAUUUCCUUAUACCAACCCACACCGCAAAUGACGUCAACGCUACCGAUAAUAAAUUUAGUAAUACCUAG